GAGGGAGGGAGAGGGGAGGUGACCAGGGAGGGACAGAUGCAUUUAUAUUUUCCCCAGACUCAUUUUCUCCCACCAGUGUUCACCGGGACGUCGCAGAGGGAGGACUGCAUCGCUCGUCUUCUCCUGACCCCCCUACCCCUCUCGUGUCCUGCUUAGCUCACCUGUAUUCCCGCUGCACCUCUGUUAAUUAAUAAUGGCCAAACUCUUCUUCUAUAUUAUAUUUCUGGCAAUGUUGUCGGCAAGUUGCAAUGCGGGGAACAAUUGCACCACCGAGGCACACUCGAGACAGAAGCGGCUGAUUAUAAUGACAUCUGACCGCAAGUUUGCCUUACCCCUUGGCACUGUGAUGCUGUUGACGCCCACUUUCAGCCUUCCCUUCGGCAGGAACCUUCCCAGCGGCUACGGCUCCUCCCUCACCAUCUCUGUGCCUUUCAAGGUUUCCUUUGACGAGCUUGGCCUGACCUCAUCUGAAAAUCCUUUUAGCAUCUUCCCCGACUUCCUCUUUACUAGGAAGAAAAGAGAUGCUGACCUUCCUGGCAUCAACUGGGCUGGAGGUGACAGAGAAAUGCUGUACCAAGUAGUGGAGGACUCGCUGCACAACCUGGGUCUGGAUGGCCAAGCGUGCCUGUUGAGAGCCAUCUGUGAAAUGUUCCAGGUGCCUCUUAUCAACCACGGCUUUGUUGGGGAGGUGCUCGAGCUGUUCUUCAGCGUGAGUCGGGCGCCACACGCUGACAAGAGACUUGGGGAAUACCUGGAGGCGGAACGUGCCGGCCGCUCCACUGGGGACUGCUCCACCUACCACCUUGCCUGCUCCCAUUCUCUCUUCACCCCACCAAAGCCCAUGAAACACACAGAGGAUUACAUGGAAUACUAUGCUAAACCAGAAGAGAGUAAUGAAGGGAAGAGGACCUGGAGUCACAAGAACCAGAAGAAGGAAGACUACAAAGCAAACAGUGCCAAGAAAACGACCACUAAGAAGCAGAGGAGGAGAUGCGUUCGCCAGCACAGUUGAUGGACUAGGCAGCAGCUGACUGACCCAAGCAACACCCAAAUGACCUGAUCUAACCUACCUCGGGUUAUGGAGUGUCUGGUGCACCUCUGCGUCACUGCCAGACUUAAUGCUUGUGGUUCUGCGGGGAGGAGCGUGCGGCAGCUGACUUGUUGCGAGACUUAGAGGCUUGAUUUGAAAGAUGGUAUAGUGACUGUUAAGUUAAUCUGUCGGUCACACAUGUACGUACAGACUUAGGAAGCAUUAUUUAUUUAUUUAUUUCGGUUCUGUCCCUUUCCACCAGGGGCCGACUGGGCUGAGAGUGUGAAUGGUGUGUGUGUGUGUGUGUGUGUGUGUGUGCGUGUGUGUGUGAUGGCUUGUCUGGGCUGACGUAUAGGUAUGUUUAUUUGUUAUGUAAGAGGGCUAAUUGGUCUAGGACAACAAAAAAAAGGUUUAAAAAAAGGGCCUACUGAAGGUAUAAGUCUCAAAAAACUAUAUUAAAAAAUAAGUAUCCAAAAUUGGAGGAUAAGUAUCUUGAAGCCUCCAUCCUGAGAGAGUUCAAGAUAAAGGCAGCAGGAAUACAGAGGUAGGCAGGGCAUUCAGGGUUCAUGGCAGUGCUUAGGGCAUUAAAGCAGAGAGAGAAUGCCAAGGGACAUGACUGAUCUGUUUGGGACUAAAAAGAAUAAAACUGCAUGAUGAUAAGAUGGAAAAUUACUGUUUAUUGCAAGAAAAGUGAAAGAAUGCAGGAAAAUUAGAAGUCUGAGAGACAUGUCAUCUGUUUGGGACUAAAAAAAGAAUAAGACUGCAUGAUGAUAACAUAGAAAAUGACUGUUUAUUAGAGGAAAAGUGAAAGAAUACAGGAAGUUGAGAAGGCUGGAAGACAUGACAUCUGUUUGGGACUAAAAACGAAUAACAUUGCAUGAUAAUAAGAUGGAAAUUCCUGCUUAAUAGAUGAGAAUUGAGAGAAUAGAGUGCUUAGAGAAUACAGGAAAGAGAGAAUGAAAAUAAGACAUGAUUUAUCUCUUUGGGACUAAAAAAAAAAACAAAGAAAAACAUGAUAAUCAGUUGAAAAUUAUCACAUGUAUUGCCUUAUAUAUGUAAGCAGGGCUCUGUAGGUGAUGAUGUGAAUAAGAAUGAAAAAUAAUGAAGUGAUAUAUUAGGAAUGUGAAUUUAUAUUUUUGAAAAGUUAUCUGAAAAAGGAAAGAAAUGAAAGCGUUAGCUACAAAAAAGUACAAAAACAAAAUGUCCUUUUGGAAGAAGAGAUUAAUAAUUAUUACAGUGUUCCUGAGGUAACGGAUGAAAGAGUUGUCCAUGGUAGGAAUAAUUGAGAAACCUAGAUGGGGAUUAUUAGGUAAGGCAACAAUUAAUAAGCAAUACAUUUUUCUUUAUUCUGUGGAUGAGUGUGGCCAGCUGUGGUGUGCCUAAGCUCCUGGAGUGUAGCAGAGGGGUGCACAACUGUCACUAUCACUACUACUACUACUACUACUACUACUACUACUACUACUACUACUACUACUACUACUACUACUACUACUUCUACUGUUGCUUUUCACCAGGGGCUGACAGGGCUUAGAGCGUGAAUGAUGUGUGUGUGUGUGUGUGUGUGUGUGUUGCCUUGUCUGGGCCAGCCUGGUAGAGAGGGAUAGUUGAAUAGUUAGUGCAUUGCUGUAUAUUGAAUAGGUGUAGGGAUGAAAGUCAAGUUAGAGAAAGAGAACAAAAUGGGGGAAAAAAGAAGGUUUGGAGAGAAAUGAAGGGUUCGUAGAUAUUAAUAGUUUUGAAAUAAAUGUACAUUUUUCACCUCUUUUCCUUAUUUUUUCUUUCUUCAUUUUGUGGCAUGUUGAGAGGCAUGUGUGAAAAGAAAAGAAAAAUGGAAAAGAAAAGAGGAAUGAAAGUGUUUACAUAUUAAUUAAUGGCUUUGGAAUGAAUUUAUUUAUGGUGUUUAUUUAUUUAUUUAUUAAGGGAAAGUUGAGCAUGGUAUAUCAAAAUACAUAUAUUAAUUACAAUGACGCCCUACCAUGUAUCAAACUUCUGAGUGCAUUUAGGUAGACUGUCAGGAAGGGAAUUAAAAAAAAUGUUGGCGAUUUGAAUAAGAAUAACAGUAACGAGAUGAUGUUGGUGAUGAGCAGAAUAAGGUGAAGCAAUAGAGAGAGACGUGAUGUUGGUGAUGAGCUGAAUAAGAAUAGUGAGAGGAUGUGAGGAAGGGAACCCAUAUUUUUGACGUUAUCAUUGGAAGAAAAGAAAAAUUAGAUGAAAAUGUUGGUAAUGUUAUUAGCUUAUUAUUACACUAGAGAAUAUAUAUAUGGCAUUCUGUGUUUGUGUGAGGCAAUAAUACAAAGUAGAUAAGUAGAAUAAAUACAAAAGUACAGUAUAAAUGUAUAUGUACCUAUUUAAUAAAGGCAUUGUGUGUGUGUGUGUGUGUGUGUGUGUGUGUGUGUGUGUGUGUGUGUGUGUGUGUUGUAUGUGUUGUAUGCAAGCUAUAAAAUGUUGAUUGACACUGUAGAAAAAAGAAUAAAUAAAAUCAAUGAAUAAUUCA